AGGGAGUUGGGAUCACAAGACAAGGUUUAUCAAUAUGCACCAUUGGCUAAGUUUUAUAUUCAUAUGUGAUUGAAAAUUUGAAAUCAUGUCCACUUGAAACUUUGGCUCAUCUAAUCUGUGGCGAACAUAUAGUUUGUCUGAGUCUGAAGCCAUGGAUUUGCAGAAAUGGCUGGCUUUCCUAUACCUUUGUAGUAUGAUGACCUUGUUAGCUAUCGCACAACCUGACCUCCGGUACUGUGACUGCGUGCAAAGUGGGAAUUACACAGAAAACAGCACCUACCAGAGAAACCUUAACACGCUUCUUGCGUCCCUCCCUUCUAAACUCGAUGAAUAUGGGUUCUGCAAUGCUUCCAUGGGCGAAACUCCCGACAGGGUGAGUGUGGUUGGGCUCUGCCGAGGUGACGUUGAGCCGGACAUAUGCCAAAGUUGCAUUAAGAAUGCAGCUCGGGAGACAGUACAGUUGUGUCCUAAUCAGAAGGAGGUUUUCGGAGGGUACGACGAGUGCUUGAUCCAUUACUCCAACGUAUCCACCGUAGGUCGCUGGUCGAGGUCUCCUUGGAUGUACAUGUGGAAUUUGCAGAACGCGUCGAGCCCAGACCAGUUUUACCGAGAUUUAAGUAAAUUGCUGGACGGCCUAGGAGACCGCGCGGCAAACGGGUUCUCCUUAUGUAAGUUUGCGGCAGGGAAUACAUCUGGACCGGACUUGCAGAGUAUAUAUGCAGCUGUGCAGUGCUCCCCUGACUUGGGUGCUCAAGAUUGCUCUGAUUGCUUGGUUUCUACUUUUGCUGAUUUCCCUGGAUGUCAACCAUGCACUGGCAAGAGAAGGGGCAGAGUAGUAAGGCCGGGCUGCAACUUUCGCUUUGAGUCUUAUCGUUUCUACAAUUAUACAUUGAUUGGAUCUACUCCACCACAAUCACAAUCACAACCACAACCAGGAACUCCGGCCCCAAAAUCAGCAAUUGAAGCUCCGUCGUCCCUAAAAUCAGGAAAAAAUGACAAUAAAGUUCGAAUUAUCAUCAUUAUUGUGGUUCCAAUUGUAGCAAUUAUUAUUAUUGUUCUUAGUCUAUGCGUUUGCAUUGUCCGGAAGAAAAAGCAAAAAAGGAAGCAGGAGAACAACAUGGACGUUGUGGAUGAAAUGAGCUCCUUGGAUGACAUUAGUAUUAUGGAGUCCCUACAAUACAACUUUGAUAUUAUAAAAACCGCUACAGACAAUUUUUCAGAUUCUAACAAGCUUGGACAAGGUGGAUUUGGUCCUGUUUACAAGGGUAAACUUCCAAAUGGACUACAGCUAGCUGUGAAAAGGCUUUCUGUUAAUUCAAGGCAAGGUGAUCAGGAAUUUAAAAAUGAGGUCCUUUUGGUAGCCAAGCUUGAACACAGAAAUUUGGUUAGGCUACUUGGGUUUUGCUUGGAAGGGAGAGAAAAACUUCUUGUAUAUGAAUUUGCUCCUAAUGCUAGCCUUGAUCACUUUUUGUUUGACCCUGUCAAACGAGAAAAUUUGGAUUGGGAGACACGUUACAAGAUCAUUGGUGGCAUUUCCAGGGGACUUCUUUAUCUUCAUGAAGAAUCUCGUCUUCGCAUUAUUCAUCGCGAUCUCAAAGCAAGCAAUGUUCUACUAGAUGCAAAUAUGAAUCCAAAAAUCUCAGACUUUGGCAUGGCAAAGUUGUUUGAAUUGGAUGAAAGCGAAGGCAAUACAAGCAGAAUUGUGGGAACUUAUGGAUACAUGUCACCGGAGUAUGCAAUGCACGGUCAAUUUUCAGUUAAAUCUGAUGUUUUCAGUUUUGGAGUAUUAGUCCUGGAAAUUGUAAGCGGUCAGAAGAAUAGCUGUUUCAAAAACGGAGAAUCUGUAAAAGACCUUCUGAGCUAUGCUUGGACACAGUGGCGGGAAGGGACAGCCAUGAAUCUGGUAGAUCCCUUCCUGAAAGGUAAAUCAGGUUCUGUGCCUGAAAUGAUGAGGUGCAUACACUUGGCAUUGCUUUGUGUUCAAGAAAACGUUGCAGAUAGGCCAACCAUGUCCACAGUUGUUCUCAUGCUAAGUGGUUUUUCUAUGAGUCUUCCAGUACCAUCUGCACCACCAUUCUUCAUGCACAGUACUAUCAGUAAUGAGGUUCUGUUGCUUCCAGAAACUGCAGCUUAUUCAUCCCAAAAUGAGGCCUCCAUUACUGAGUUAUAUCCCAGGUGAAAUCAUAGCCAUUUUCUCGUGAAUUGAACGAGUUUAAUUCCUUAUUCGCGGUAGAAAAUGGUUUAAAUUGUUCAGAAAUGGGAUGGCAAA